UACAGUUUAGAGUCAGAAGUUACGGAGCUUGUUAGCGUGCGCGUGCGUGUCCGCGUACACGCCGCUGAAGAUGGGCGGGGCCAAGCAGACCGCUCUCGGGGCAGCUGCUCGGUUUCAGCUCCUGCUGCCUUCAAGGGAUCCUCGUAAACUUCCCCGGCUUACCUAACUAGAUCCUAACAUGACAGAAACAAACCAAAGUCGAUUAAGUUUCCAAACAAUUGCUUGACUAAAUUAUAUAAUAUAUACUUUUUAUUAAUUUACAGAUUCAUUGCUGCGUGUUCGUUUUCUUUCCCGGUAUUGAGGAGAGCAACUUAAAAAAAAAAAAAGCCUCUAAAUAGAUUACACUUCUUUUAAUGUUUGUUUUAGGGUUCAAAUAUUGAUGCUCAAGCGUCUUCAUAAUACUCGUCGCAUAGUUCCCAUAUGAUGGAUCAUGAUCGCGGAAGCGUGAAAAAAUCGCGUCCUUCUUGUAGGUGACUCCGACAGGCCGUGAAGGCGGUAGCGUUCCAGUGAGCGGAGGCUGUUUUCUCCUCCUAUCAGCGCCAUUGUGUGGCACACUCUCCAGGAGCGAGGAGCGAUUGUUUUUCUGUUGCCGACGGGAUUGUUUAAAUACCCCCCUCAUGUUUCUCUGUGUACCCACGGCGGACCUGGAUCAGAUAUAUGUUCUGUAAAGGUGCGAAGCGGAAGUUGGAAGAGGAUGAAGAGGGCCUGGAAGGCAAAACGCUGGAGGCGUCGGUGGCGGGAGGGGGGGUAGGCUAUGCUUUUGAGGGUCUUUCUAAGGUGUCCUACACCCUGCAGAGACAGACCAUCUUCAACAUCUCCCUGAUGAAGCUCUACAGCCAGCGGCCCCUUGGUGAACCAAGCCUGGAGCGGCGCGUCCUCAUCAACAACAUGCUCCGACGCAUCCAAGAGGAACUCAAGCAGGAGGGUUCCCUGCGGCCGCUGUUCCUUCCACCUUCGCCACCCCCUGACGACCCCAUGGACGAGGGAUUUUGCGAGGCGCCACCGUCUUUUGGCAUCCUGUCUGCAGCAGCGCAGGUAUCCCAGCCAUCUACACUGUUGAUGCCAGUUCCUCCUCCGCCUUCGCCCCACCCAAUGGUGCCUCCCAACUGCCAGGCAUCCCAACGUGCAGAGGCCUGCUCCGCCCCUCUGGAAGCCUGCCUCACUCCAGCCUCACUGCUGGAAGAGGAUGGUGGCGAUUCAGCAUUUUGCACCCCAUCCCCACCCACUCCUCCUCUGUCUCCACCCCCGUUGCCCCCAUCUUCAGCACUAAUGAGCCAGGUGUCCUCAAGUGUUCCUGUGCCUAUCUUAUCAAAUGACAGUUUCUCAUCCACUCCUAGUGACAUGGAGUUGGGUCCUCCCACAGCCAUUACAAGGACGGCAGCAGCUAAUACUAUGACCAUAACUACCUCCCCCACUCCCGCUACAGCCACCCAGUCCCCGUUCUCAGCACCCACAAGCUCUACCAGAGACUGCAGGACAAUGGGUGCUAAACCAGAGGCAGCUGCUGUCUUCCUGGUCGAGAGCCGCUGUGCUGAACUCCGACAAACAGACGCUCUGCUCUCACAUUCCCCUGGUAGCCUGGAAGACAUUUCUCCCUCACCUUCAUCCUCUCCGUCUUCUUCAUCCCCCUCGGGGUUCCUCUCAGACUUGGCGCUGGACGAUGUCCUGUUCGCCGAUAUCGACACGUCCAUGUACGACUUUGACCCCUGCACCACAGCGGGGGCCGUGGGCGCCACAGCAGGUGGUGGCAGCGGCAGCCUCAACAAGCUUUCUCCGGUGGUGAACGCAGACGACCUUCUGAAAACGCUGGCGUCGCCGUACAGUGGCUCCGCCCCCCAGGUUUCAGCCAAUCAGCCUUUUAAAAUUGAUCUGACAGAACUGGACCACAUCAUGGAGGUGCUGGUGGGGUCGUGAUUCAGCGGAACCCCACCAGCACCACCUUUGAAACACUUAGACUCUGAGAACAGACUGGAUGGAAAAUUUGAGAUCGUUUUUGUUUUUCCUGUUUUUCUCUCUUUUAAAAGACUUUCUUCUAAAGGUCGGUAAUUGUAAACAUCGAAGGUGAUGUCAAUUAGUACUACUAUGACAACUACUACUUCUACACAACACUGUUCAUGCACUGUGCUCGCCUUUUGAGGUGUGGAAGUGAAGUAACGAGGAAACAAAGCAUACGCAGAAUUUUGUAUAUCUAUACUUGUGAGGAACUUCAUGAAUUCCCUCAUUUCCUCUUUCCAAUCCUUUACCUGAAGCUAAGCCUUAACCUUGAAGAGUUACUGUAAAUAUUUUUAUUUUUAAUCCUUGUGGGGAUAUGCACUCCUCACAGGUACAGAAAUACAAAACAGACUUAAACAUACAGACACUGUAAUUAUGGCUUUUAGCAGCUGAGUGCCUUUCAGAUGACCACUUCUUUAGUUCCUGUUUUUACAGUAUUUUUAUCGGCUCUUCUCACUUUAACGGCCCACAGAGGCCAGUUGAUGUUCGUUAUUAAUUUAUUGUAUUGUAUUAAAUAAACUUUUGUCGAGGUAGUUUUACAUGAUCAAAUGAUUAUUUAAUUUUUUAUCCUAUUACAGAUACAAUGUUUUAAUUGUAAUACAAGCAUUUAAAAAGGAAUACAUUGUUUUAUUGGUGUCAGUGGGGUGCUAAAAGUGACACUAUGUAAUAAAUAAAUAAUCAGGUUAGAUAAUUAUUCAUAUAUACCGUGUUUUAAAAUAUUAAAGUACAAAUACAUUAAUAGUAAAUAAAUAAAUGUUCAUGAUCUUGAA